GUUUUUUUGUAGCCGCGUAGCGUGUUCGCCGUGUUGCGGUUCCGUCUAGGUCUCUCGUCUCUCGGUCUCUGGUAUUUGUGUUGUAUAAUGAUGACAACAAGAAAGAAGCUUGUUUUUCUUAUGUUCAUAUUCACGGUGGCUGCUGCCGUUCCUAAACCUGAAGAGGUUGAAAAGAAGGAAAGGACCGUUGAGAAGGAUCUAAGUGAUAAGAAACAUUAUGAACAUGAGCAACACAAUGUGGAGUACGAUCACGAGGCGUUCCUUGGUGAAGAUGCAAAAACCUUUGAUCAGCUUUCUGCUGAAGAAAGUAAACGGAGAUUGGGGUUGAUUGUGGAUAAGAUUGAUGGAGAUAAGGAUGGCUUUGUUAGCCAAGAAGAGCUCAAAGAUUGGAUACGAUACACCCAGAGACGCUACAUCUUAGACGAUGUAGACAGACAAUGGAAGACACACAAUCCUGAGGAGAAAGAGACCAUAUCCUGGGACCAGUAUAAGAAGAUGCUGUACGGCUUCAUGGAUGACAUGGACACAGCAGACCUAGAGAAAGACGAGGAAGGUUUCUCAUACGCUGCAAUGCAGAAGCGGGAUCGUCGCCGGUGGGCUGUCGCUGACCUCAACGGAGAUGAUCUGAUGAGCAAGGAAGAGUUUGCGGCAUUCCUCCACCCGGAGGAGACGGGUCACAUGAGGGAUGUGGUUGUCCUGGAAACCAUGGAGGACAUUGACAAAGACAAGGACGGGAAAGUGUCCUUACAAGAGUACAUUGGAGAUAUGUACAGAGGUUCAGAGGGGGAAGAUGAGCCUGAAUGGGUUCAGAAUGAAAAGGAACAGUUCAGCCAAUACAGGGACAAGGAUGGUGAUGGAUUCAUGGAUGCAGAUGAGGUGAAGAACUGGAUCAUUCCCCCAGACUUUGACCAUGCAGAAGCAGAAGCGAGACACCUGAUUUACGAGAGCGAUGGUGACGGAGACUCAAAGUUAACGAAGGAAGAGAUCCUCGCCAAGUACGAUCUCUUCGUAGGCUCUCAAGCUACAGACUUCGGAGAAGCUCUGGCGCGACACGACGAAUUCUAAAUCCCAGUUACUUAAUUAUAGUUAUCUAGUUAUCAAUCUUAGUUAUGACAAUAUUCAUUUGUAGUUUCAAAGUCUAUGUAUUUUAUUGUUUACGAAUUUAUAUAUUUAUGUGAGUAUACAACUGAAUCUCCCAGUAUUGUAUUAUAUUUUAUAUGUGCAACAAUCUUUUUAAUGAGGGAUAGUUGUUGCAGACUUUUAACUAAUUGUUACAACUUUAUUUUACAAAUAGGAUAGGUAGUAUUUUUUACUAACUGCAUUUAAACUGUGUUUCGCACUUAAUGACUACAUGUUGACAAAUUUUAUACAGUUUUUGUCGUUUCUAGUGUCAUUUUCAAAUGCACACUUAGAAGAAAAAGUUAAGUGCUGUUCUUACAUUUAAUUUGCAUCUUUCAUGACAUUAUUUGUUUCCUACAUCUCUUAGCCAUUCCUAGUGUUUUAUGUACUUAUAUUUAGGUGAAGAUCAGAUACAUUCUUUGUGUGUAAUUUUUGUCUGUAUGAUUGUAAUUUACUAUUAGUCUUGCAAUGGUAUGGUUAUAUUUGUGUUUAACCAUGUUAAAUUGUUUCUACUGGUAACUGGUAGAUUUAAUAUGUCACAUUCUUAAAUUUUACUUAUGAAUACCUUUGAUUUUAACAAUGGACUAAAAUUAACUAUGAAAUAAUCUAUCUCUUUUAUCCUUUGUCAACUUCUUAUCUAAUUUACCCCACAUACAUUUUCUUUUGACAGUUAUGUGGUACUGAUUAGCUCAAAUACUUAAGCAAGGCCAGUAAUUUUACUUGUGCUUCUCUAACAUAUACAUCAAACAGUACUGGAUUGCCUGUUUUAAUUCAUCUUGUAAAACUGCUGUAAAACUGUUGUAUUAUUGUAUGUUAAUAUUUUAUUGGUGCAGUAGAAUUUCACUAAAUCUGGCAGCAGUUAUUUUGUCUAAUAUAUUUGUUUUAAGCAUUGACCACACAGGAGUUAAAUUCAUUUAAACCUAAAAGGAUACAAAGUUUGAACAUUAAAUGUUAAAAAUGUGUUUAUCUAAUGCCUUGGAUAGUUUAAAUUAUCCUCAAUAUUUAAAGAGUAAACAAUUUAUAAAUAAAAACGCCAUUCUUAAUGUCUUGGAAACACAGUGAAAAGUAUCUAGGAGAAAUAGCAUAUUUUGAGGAUUUGCAAAAGUUUCUAUUUUCAACAGCAAAACAGAAUAUAUUUUCUCCUUUUGUUCUGUCAAACUAUUAUAUUGUUUGUUAUUUGUUGUUCAUAAAACUUAAACAUUCUAUAAAAAGUUUUGGUCUUAAAAAAGUAAUCAUAGUCUUCACAUGCUUGAAAAUGUAUACAGCAAAUCCUGAAAAAGUAAUAAUCAAAUCAAAGAAUUUAUGUGGAGCCUAAGAGAUCAAAUAUUACUUUUAUUCAUACAUAACUUAAUGGUUCCUAAAGGUUAUGCCAAAUUUGUUAAGUACUUUGGUAAUUUGUAUGACGUCACUGAAUGAAUCUCUUAUGUGAAUCUCACUUUUUAUUCCAAGAAAUAGUUGUGAUUUUUCUCUUCACAGUUUUAUAAAACUUCUACUUAUGAAAAUUAUUAUAAAUUAUUAUAUCUAUAAUUGGUAGAAUAGGAUUUUAUUGAUUAACAAUCAUUCAUAUUCUAAUGUUAAAAAUUGAAUCAAGCAACUAGUUUUGGCAAAAAAUUGUUGCCUUCCUCAGGAAGAACAAGAACAUACAUCUAUGUAGUCAUUUUGCUUGAUGCAAUGUCAAGGAAUACCACGAGAAGGUAUUAAUAUUGUAUUAAAUAUUGGUAAUCCAGAGGCUAUAACAAAAUAUUUUUAAUAUGAUGGUUAAACAUCAAGAUACAGUAGGGAAAUAGACAAAUCAUGCGAUUUUGUUACUUUUUCAUAACCGAAAUAAUAUUAAUGAAUAUUUAUAUUUCAAGUUAUAUAUUUCAAGUCAAUAGAUGAAUGAGGCAUUUUAAAUAAUUAGUUAUUUAUUUAUGAAAGUAAUGAAUUUUAAAAUAAGUUGUUUUUAAUAGAGGGUGGGCAAGUAUUUGAUAUGGCUUUAACUUGUACAUUGUUAUAGUUUAUUAAUAAUAGCAUUGAGAAUGUAAGAUUUUUUAAAUGUACAAAUGUUUGUACACACUAAAAGAAUGCUUGAAAAAAAUACUCAAAUGUAAAUCAACACUUGCCCAUCCUUACAGGUAACAUUGCCAAAGAUAAAUGUAUGGAUGUAAGUGAAGUGUUAUGUGCCAUAGUCUUCCAUUAUUGUAUAAUUCACUGCCUUUAACUAUGGCCCUUUUUAUAAAUAAAAUGGUGCUUAAUGAUA